AUGACGGGCCGGUCCGGCCGCGUCGUCCGGGGGCCCUCGGGGAAAUUCAAGUACGAGGCGCGCGGCGGCGACUCGGGCGACCACAGCCUCAACGUCGCCGAGCGCAAGGCCUUCAUGGACGGGCGGAAGCACGUCGCGAUCAUCUCCGACGCCGCGUCGACGGGCGUGUCGCUCCACGCGGCCCGGGGCUCGCCCGCGGCGGGCCGGCGCCGCGUCCACAUCACGUUGGAGUUGGCCUGGUCCGCGGACAAGUCCAUCCAGCAGCUCGGCCGGUCCCACCGCGCGAACCAGGAGUCCGCGCCCGUCUACAAGCUCCUGACGACGAACCUGGGCGGCGAGGCGCGCUUCGCGUCGGCCGUCGCGAAGCGCCUCGCGAGCCUCGGGGCGCUGACCAAGGGCGACCGGCGCGCGGCGUCGGGCCAGGACCUGAGCGACUUCGACCUCGACACGCGCCACGGCCGCGCGGCGCUC